UGAGCGAGAUGAAUGAUGUUCAAAAAAAUCGAAAAUCAAGCACUUGUGCAAGUGUUAGAAGUUAUUUCAAAGAGUAUUGUGAAUCCACCAGUAUUCAUGGAUUCAAAUAUUUGGGAGAGGAUAGGCCGAUUUGUGAAAGGUAUUUUCUCAUUUUAAUUUUCAAAAGAAAAUGAUUUUUUAGACUAUGGUGGGCUAUAAUCUUUGUUUUUUGCUUAUCCGGAUGUUCUUUCAUGAUUUACACGAUUUACGAAAAAUGGGAUAAAAGUCCUGUAAUUGUCACGUUUGCCACAAAAGAAACAGCAAUUUACGAAAUCCCGUUUCCUGCAAUUACCAUUUGUCCUGAAACUAAAACUGAUAAGAAAAAAUUUGAUUUUGGGACUGCUUUGAAACGGAAGAAACAAGCCACAAAUACGAAAGAAAAUAAAAUAUUAGAUUAUAUUUCUUUCUUUUGUGACGACUUGGUCGCAAGUAGCAAAAAUGUUUCUUUUGGACCAGAUUUUUUGAAAACAAUAGACGAGGUAAAACCAAAUUUUAUGGAUUACGUCCACAAUUGUAGUUUUAUGGGGAAAAAAUUAAAUUGUCGCAAUAUUUUCACUCCAGUUAUCACAGACGAAGGGGUUUGUUACUCUUUCAAUAUCUUGGACCGGAGUCAAAUUUUUAGCGAUUUAGUUUUCCAUUAUAAGAAUUACCACAAAACGAGUGAAAACUCCACGACUUGGUCCUUCGAAAAGGGAUAUUUAAACAAAUCCAAAUUAGAUAUUUACCCUCGACGAGCUUUACUAGCCGGAGCUUCAAACGGGUUAACUGUGCAACUUGCAACCCCAAAAAAUGACCCAGACUAUAAAUGCAAAGCUGUGCAAGGUUAUAGAGUAAUUCUGCACACUCCUAUGCGAAUGCCCCGUCUCAAAGAAGAAUAUUUCCGGGUACCUCUUGACGAGGCUGUUGUUGUUUCAGUCCAGCCAACAAUGAUAAGCACCUCUCAAGCUGUCAAAACAUACAACAUUAAAAAACGCGACUGUUGUUUUCCAUCUGAAAGAAAACUGAAAUUUUUCAGAGAUUACAGUCAAUUGAAUUGUCAAUUGGAGUGUUUGACAAAUUUUACGUUGGUAUUUUGUGGAUGUGUUAGCAUAUUUAUGCCGAGAGAAAAGCAAACACCGAUUUGUGGUACGUCCAAAUUCGAGUGUCUGAAAGAGACUGAAAGGAAGCUACAAACUGAAGGGCUUUAUGGCAAAUUUCAAGUUGGGGGUGCCCAGCGAGGGAUUGAUUGUGAUUGUAUGCCCCUUUGUACCGAUUUGAGUUACAACACGCAGAUUUCGCAAACUGGUUGGGAUUGGGAGAAACGAAAUGAGCAAACAUUUGAGAAAUCAUCAAUGUAUUUAUCAAGCUUAACUGUCUAUUUCAAAUUCAAUCAUUUUAUAACAAGUGAGAGAAAUGAGCUUUACGGCCCUACCGACUUCUUGGCGAAUUUUGGCGGACUUUUAGGACUCUUCACCGGAUUUUCAAUUUUAUCCCUCAUGGAAAUAAUUUAUUUUCUCACUCUACGUAUCUGUUGUAACAUUAAGAUGUAUAACAGAUGGACUGGAAUUAAUAAACAGUGACUUUAAUUUU